AUGACUUCUACUUCUAUAGGAGAGGCGUUUCAACGCCUUCCGCGACCGCAAGUACCUACUGCGGUGGCGCUUAUGGAACGAUCCUUGAAAAGAGGAAAAGAGCCAAGUGUUGGUGUUACACACAGCCCAUGGGAGACUUUGUCACAUCUAGGAGAUCUAACGCAAGGAAAACAUAAGCUAUCACUAUGUCUUCAAGAGGGACAACUAGUGAUUGUUAAGAAAGUCAAUCGUGAAGUUGGCCAUGCGGAGUUAGAAAAACUGAAAAAAAUAUCUGAUCAUCCAAAUGUGGCCACAAUCAAGCAGGUUUUCGAGUCAAAGACGUUCUUGCACUUUCAAUAUGAGUACACUCGCUUCACACUAGAGGAAGUACUAAAUGUUCACAUCGUCCUCAAAGAGCCUCACAUACGACUGAUAGCAAGCGCAGACUGUGUAUGGAUAAGCACCGACCUUACACCAAAUGCCGAUUUAGAGCAACUUGGCGUUGCGGUACUAGAGUGUAUGAAUGGACUCCCGAACGAGAACUUACGAAGUCUUUCUGUUAUUCGCGAACAAAGGGAAUCUAAUAAGAUGUUUGGACUAGGUAGAGGAGAGGAAUGGAGUGGUUACAAACUUCUUGUGGACUUUCUCGAUAAUAUGUUCAACAAAGCGAUACCCGCACUCGCUAAGCUGGAGAAGCCUGUCAACUACCAAACCGAGAGCGCUUUACCAACAAGCUCAUCCUCGAUUCCGAUCAUGCCUCUAACUGAAAGCUCCGUUCAAGGCGAGCUAGACCCAUCCUUUUUCAAAUUCAAUCCAACGACCGACGCUUUUCAUCCUGACCCAGCCGAGAAACAGGGCAACCAGUCCAUAAACGAGAACAGCUACUUCCUUGGUCAGGGCCACGCCCUUGAACUUCCUCUCGUCGCAGACACACAACAAAAUCCACAGGACUUCAACAAUCUUGACCUUCCUAUGGAUAUCAACAACGACGCGGCUAUGGACUUUGUAUCCAUAAACGACCCCACCAUUCAGAUGCCAACCCUUCAGUCAUUGGAGUUCUCGGUCCAAAUCCUGUGGGCCGAGCAUCAGAUGAGAACCCAGUAUUUGGAAGGGCGAUUGGCAGAAGCUGUCGCUGUAUCUGAAAGCCUCCGAAAGGAUGUAGAUGCGAUGGCGGAGUGGAUCCAACGCAUCUAUGACCAUCUCGAUUCUUCACUAGCGCCAUCCGCGCCUACUGAAAACGGUUCACAGCAACGCGGCGAGUGAUCUAGGUUCGUAAACCGUCAAAUGCUGGAACCGGUUAUGAAUGGGUGUAUGUGUAUGCCAGGUUGCAUAUAUCUACACAGAUAUCUCAGCAUGUAGUAGUAAAGCAAAUUGUAUGCAUAGAUUUAUUCAAUCAUGUCUGAUUC